CAUUGGUCUGGACUCGCUUUGGUAGGCAGCUGACGGUGGGCAAAGCAGUUUACUAUAGUUUAUAUAAAAAAAGGCCUUUAACUUUUCCUGUGUGGAGGAACAAUACAUGUCCAGACCACGAUGAGGGUGAUAAUUUGCUGCGGUGCUUUGCUGCUGCUCGUCCUCAUUCCCAGAGCCUGUCAAGGGGGCAACAUCUUGGUCUUUCCCAGUGAAGGCAGCCACUGGAUAAACAUGGAUAUUCUACUUCAAGCUUUGCACUCGAAAGGACACAAUGUAACUAUUGUGCGUUCUAGCAAAAGCUGGUACAUCAAGGAGAAAUCCUCUCAUUACAAUACCUAUACAGUCCAAGUGGAGAGGAGCUUGGAUCAGAAGUUCAUUACAGAAAUCAUAUCUAAGGCCAUAGCAUUUGAAAGGGGGGCUCUUCCAUUGACCAGUUUUCUUUACAUGACUUUCGGAAUGUUCGGCACAUUUGUUGAUGCUCACGCAGCUGUGGCUGAAUAUGCAUCAGCAAUGCUAGAUGACCAAGAAUUGAUGAGAAACAUGAAGGACAGCAGGUUUGACCUGGUACUCGCCGACCCCUGCUGGGGCGGUGGAGUCAUUUUGGCCAAAUAUUUGAACCUUCCUUUGGUUUAUAAUGUUAGGUGGGUAAUAGCUGGAGAGGGUCAUCUUGACAUUGCUCCUUCACCUUUAUCAUAUAUUCCUAUAACGGGAUCUGGAAGCACUGAUAAGAUUACCUUUUUUCAGAGAGUUAAAAACAUCGGUUUGCAUCUAUUAACCCUGAUACAAAAUCAGCUGGUGACAAAGCUUGUAUACCAGAAAAUGUGUGACAAAUAUCUUGGGCCCAAUAAUGACUUUCACCAGUUAGUGCUUGAUGCAGACAUUUGGCUCAUGAGAAUGGACUUUGUUUUUGAGUUCCCUCGACCCACCAUGCCUAAUGUUGUCUAUAUGGGAGGGUUCCAGUGCAAACCAGCAAAACCUCUUCCUGAACACCUGGAGGAGUUUGUACAGAGUUCUGGUGAGCAUGGGGUCAUCCUCAUGUCUCUGGGGACUUUUGUGAGUGAACUUCCUGCUGAUGUAACAAACGUGAUCGCGGCAGCUUUUGCUAAAUUGCCCCAGAAAGUGAUCUGGAGGCAUAAAGGUGACAGACCAGCCACUCUGGGCAACAACACUUUGAUAGUCGACUGGAUUCCACAGAAUGAUCUUUUAGGACAUCCCAAGAUGAAACUAUUUGUAGCUCAUGGAGGAACAAACGGAGUUCAAGAAGCAAUGUAUCACGGAGUCCCAGUUGUGGGUCUACCCUUGUUUUUCGACCAAUUUGACAACCUUCUGCGCCUAAAAGAGAGAGGGGCGGCUACACUUCUUACCAUUAAUACAGUGGAUAAAGACAACAACUUCCUGGAGGCCAUACAGGAAGUCCUGAAUGAGCCCUCCUACAGGAUGAACAUGCAGAGACUCUCCAGGCUGCACAGAGAUCAGCCAAUGAAGCCGCUGGACCGCGCCAUCUUCUGGAUAGAGUUUGUCAUGAGACACAAAGGUGCAGCUCACCUGAGAACAGAGUCCUACAGAAUGCCCUGGUAUUCCUACCACUCUGUAGACGUCAUACUAUUUUUACUUACAAUUGCAUUUCUUAUAUUGUUAUUUUUUGCUGUGUUGGUAUGGUCAUGCUUUAGAUUGUGUUUGAAAAGAAAAGUGAAAUCUGACUAACCAGGAAAGAUGAUUUUCAUAUUGGUUAAUUAUAUAUUGUUACAUGAUAGUCAAUCUGCCUGUGAUCAGUUGAAUAGUGACUUGUAUUUUCUUUUGAACUGUACUUUGAGUUGACUGCAAGUGACUUGAAAUUUUCUAGAACAAUAUGUAAAGAAAUAAAAUGUAAACUUAAAAAGA